UGCCUAUUGCAGCCUGUUGCCUGGGUAACCGUAAAUAAACAAUUCAACGUCACAAUGAAAAAUCACAAACAUUUUUAAGAAAAAUUGAAUACCAAAUACGUGGAAAAAGUGAAAAAAAAUUUAUUAGUGAUCCAUUUAAGCAAAUAAAAAUAAAAAUAACGGUAAAAAUUGCAUUUCGUUACUUAGCAUCUAAAUUCAAAAGUUUGAAAAUUUUCGCGACGUUCACUAAACUUUAUAAACUAUGGAGGUUGCUAUUCCCAUCAACAACGAAUUGGAGCAACGCAUCUCCGAUGCCUUUUGCAUUUUCGAUCAUCACGGCGAUAAGCGCAUCGAUAUACGCGAAGUGGGCACUGUUUUGCGCUUUCUCGGUUGUGUGCCCACCGAGCAGGAGAUAAACGAAGUAAUAGCAGCGACGGAAAUGGAAGAAUCAGCCGGAGAUGUGCAUCUUUCCAAAUUUAUGCCGCAUGUCGCACAACUGUUAUCGGAAAGAAAAAUGGAACCAGCCUCGCCUGAAAAAAUUUUAGCGGCCUUUCAAGUCUUAGAUCCGGAGCAAAAAACCUAUAUUACCAAAGAGUACAUGACUAAAAUGAUGAUGGAGGAGGGCGAACCAUUCACGCAGGAGGAGCUCGAUGAAAUGCUUGCGGUGGCUAUUGACCCAAUCACCGGUAAUAUCCCAUACGAGUUCUAUAUCAAUCAGCUGAUGGUUUAUCUGUAAAAAAUGAAGUAAGCUUUGAAUAAAUAAAAUAUUUGGAGCAAAAGCUUAAGGCUAAGGAACAUCUUUUUUCACAUCAACACAGAAAUGAUAAACGUUUUCGACUACUACGAAUAUUUGGCACUCACAUACAUACAAAUAUCUGGCAACAUAAUGGGCCGCAGGGGUCUAAGUGAGAUUUUUUUACAGAUCAGCCAGCACAGCCUAACCUACAAA